GCCUUUUCCUGGACAUCAACGGGGCCCGGCGCCCUCUUUCAGCAGCAUUUCUUGGAGCUGGCUGUGAUACUUUCUCGGCAUGUCAAAGAGAGAUUCGAGCCGCCCUUUGCCAACCAGGAUGUCCUUUGCGAUCUCAGGUUCAAACUUCGACAGUGGAUCUUUGACGAAAAGAAGGUGAGAUUCAGCAUCUCCGACAGCUUUUCCAAUGCUGGGUCUCGGAACAAGGUUGAGGCCUUUGCGGAUGCAAGAGCUGAUGGCGAGCUUAUUGGGAUUGGAGGUUUUAUUGCUUUCCCGUCUGGUGCAUACAUCUGGUUUUCACAAGCUUGGCAACUUUCAGAUCUGUCAGUUUUGGGUUUGGAACUUCGCCGACCCGCGCACAAAGAUAUUGCCUGUUAUGAAACUUUGGCGCAGAUUGCUUUGGUACAUGCUUACAGGUCAGUAUUUCCUUCGGGUCGCGUGGUAGUUCGCCUCCCUUCCUUUUCUGACAACGCCUCAACGGAGGCAUUGGGCGCGAAACUUUACACCGCCAAGUGGCCACUGGGAGCGUUUGCUCAGAAACUUUCCCUCAUAUCCGCAGCUUCGGGUAUCGAGCUGGAUAUUUCUCACAUCGCCGGUGAGAAAAAUGAUGAUGCUGAUCUCUUGAGCAGGUGGAAUCAAACGGAUUCUUUACCUGACAAAUGGUGCAAAGAAGACCGGGUGGAUUGCUCUCUCAAGUUCAUCUGGUUCUUUCGCAAAGAGGUCCUGGUGUGGCCUUCCCACUUUUCUUUACCACAGGUGACACUGGAACGACAUGUGUCAGAUGAUGACAUAUGA